GGAUAUUAUCAGAAACUUCAUUAAGGUUUGGGGUAUAACAGAAUCAUUUGAAAUUUAUUUAACUCCAUAGAGCGAAGAAGAAGAAACCUCGUUGACUCUAGCAGAAUCUGAUCCCACUUUUCUUUGAUUCUCAGACCAAAAGUUCAGUCAAGAGUUGGAAAUGGAAGGGACUGUGUUCACGCCUUGUUUGGAAGGAAUGAAGCAUGUCAAAUCUGAACAAGGCGAGAUGCUUACUAUGCCUUUUCUUGACCUCUGCAAGACCCUCUUCCCUGUUUUAGAUAAGUUUGGAGCUGCUAUGACUAUCGUGAAAUCUGACAUUAGUGGCAACAUAACGAGGUUGGAGAAGAACUACUUGUCUGAUCCAGAAAAGUACAAGUACUUGUACACCAUUGUUCAAGGUGAAAUUGAGUCAGGGACAGCAAAAGGAUCGUCUAGUUGUACCAAUGGUCUUCUCUGGUUAACCAGGGCAAUGGAUUUCUUAGUGGAGUUAUGCCGCAACUUGGUAGCACAUCAAGACUGGUCAAUGUCACAAGCUUGUGGUGACUCGUACCAAAAAACACUGAAGAAAUGGCACGGAUGGUUCGCUAGCUCUACCUCUUCUAUGGGUUUAAAGCUUGCUCCAGACAGGAAGAAGUUCAUGGAGGUUACAGCUGGUUCUGGUGACAUCAAUGCUGACAUGGAAAGGUUUUGCUCAGAGUUUGGUCCGUUCCUUCAAGAAAAUCACAAAUUUCUGGCUAGUGUUGGUAUGGAUGACAUGAAAGCUGCUUAAGCCACCAUAUGUGUACUGCCUGUCUGGUUUAACUUUUCUUCUUUGGAUUCUAAAACUUGUAGACCCUCCAAAAGAAACAGAAUAGUAUGUCCAUUUCUAUCUGAAUGUUGUUCACUUUAUACUAUAAAGUUUAUAGCUUACGAAUUAA